CUUGUAUUUUCCGCCUGAUUACUGAAUUCUGAAGCUUCCCUCCUUACCAAAACCAAAACCACUCGAAACCCAUCCCUCUGCUACCCAUCUCUCGACAACAAUGGCGGCCUCUUUCUCCAUUUCCAGGCUCUCUCUCUCCCUUUCCUCUGCUUCUUCCAUUUCUCUCUUCCCCUCCAGAGCCACCGCUCUCUCUUCCCGUCUCUCCUUCUCUUCCCUUCCCCUCAAUUCCUCCCGCCGUAUCUCCCCAAAACCCCUCCGAUUCUCCUCUUCUCCUACCUCCAAAUCCACCAUCUCCGCUGCCCUUUCCGUCGGCGAUAAGCUUCCGGAGUCCACUUUUUCUUUCUUCGACGCGGCCAACGAGCUCCAGACCGUCACUGUCUCUGACCUCACCAAGGGCAAGAAGGCAGUCUUCUUUGCCGUCCCCGGGGCUUUCACUCCGACUUGCUCUCAGAAGCACCUUCCCGGUUUCGUUGAGAAAUCAGCCGAGCUUAAGGCCAAAGGUGUCGACACGAUCGCCUGUAUUUCGGUUAAUGACGCCUUUGUGAUGAAGGCCUGGAAGGAAAAUCUCAAUGUUAACGAUGAGGUUCUGUUGUUAUCCGAUGGGAAUGGGGAUUUCACUAGGGCGAUUGGUUGCGAGCUUGAUUUGAGCGAUAAGCCGGUGGGAUUGGGCGUUAGGUCGAGGCGUUACGCGCUUUUGGCUGAGGAUGGAGUCGUGAAGGUCUUGAAUUUGGAGGAAGGAGGUGCAUUUACCUUCAGUAGUGCUGAGGAUAUCCUCAAAGUUCUUUGAAUGAAAUGAGAUGAGAUCAGAUUCCUUUCUUUUUCUAUUGAACCCUAUCAUUUUCCACUGCUUGUUGGUUCACUUCAUAGUGUAGCUAUUUCGAUUUUGGCGAAUAAAUGUGAUGAAUUGCAUCUGUUAGAAUCAAUCUCUGAGUUCGUCUUCAUGGUUCUUGA